AUGUUGACCACUGCGUCUCAAUUCGGCCCUCGAGCCAGGUCGCUGCGGACCAACCAUACCACCGUAACUGCAAACGCCCAUCGGGUGCUUGGUGCCUCCAGUGCCGCCGCCGCCCUACAACAGUGCCAGCAAACCCGGGACUUUCGGUUUGGCUCGUGGUUCUCGCACCUCGACUCGGAAGUCCAGGAGGAAGUUCGACGACGUCAGCAGGCCUUCAAGCACAAAUAUGCCGACCAGCUCAAUCGACGCCUGGCAUGGGACAAGCAUCCACUUGCGGAUGAUGCCCGGCAUGCCGUGAAGCGUAUGAUGGCUAGUUAUUGGCUUUCCCAUGAUUCACGCCCAUACGGCCGAUCUGGCAACGAUGCCGAGGCCAACAAACAACGUACACCGGACAACAAGGACGGCGUGCGUCCUGGCCAGAAUAUCGAGGAUGUUGAGCGAGGGGCGAUGGAACACCUGAUAUUCGGCAAAGACGAAGAUGAGGUAGCCCGCUGUUCAAAGCCGAAGCGCAAGCGGGGUGGCAAAAAGCACUGGCAGGCUCCCGUGCCUCACACUUCCUAUGGCACCCUAGAGCAGGACGAUUUUGUCAUUGACCCCGUCACGAACCGAAAGGUUGCGAAGUAUCCAGGCCAGACAAGUCCCACGGGCUCUGUGGAAAUCCCUGUCAAGACAUUCAGGGACUACAGAAUGCGCUUCACUUCAAGCUACGGUGUUUUCAACAAUGCGCGUUCAGCCGAAGGAUCCCCCAAAUAUACAUAUAGCCAGGUUGAAAUCGAUACUAACCCAGAAGACACUGAUGCAACCCGCGAUCCUUCAGGGAAACCAAACCCCAAAUCAUACGGCGAUGUGUAUGUGCAGAACCAUGCACAUGCCAAUGGCGAUUCUAGAUAUUCUGAGGUGGCCAGUUCUGGGCCCUGGGUCAGUGACAAGUCGUCAGUGCCGGAGUACGAGGGUUCGCACAACCACAAGCCAGUAACGGGCGAUGAUCAGGGCUCGUCUGCGCGACCAGACAAAUCGUACAAUGACCUCGAUAAGUACAGGCCAGUAAUCGAAAAGGAAACUGUCCGGUUUGAGGACUUGAAACCUCCGUAUGAAGACCUCGACAAGUAUAAUUCGGCGGUGGUUGACGAAAUUGUCGCUCGUUUUGAGAGCGACAAGGCUCCAUACUCGGAUCUACACAAAUACGACCCUGUUCGUGAUCCAGCGGCCCCGUCAAGAGAGGAGGCCGAACCAAAGUACAACGAUCUUGAAAAGUAUAGGACAGACUUCCUAGAUGAUGUCACUCCCAAGCAACCAGAAAACCCUCCAGCAUACGAGGACCUGAAUGCUCACCAGUCUUUCAAGCACAACGAGACGCACGGGAAACCUAUGGGCCACCAAGUUCAAUCGGUCAACCCCGAGCUUCAAAUGGAACCCCAAUCAACUGUUGAAGAUUUGCAACCCGGCGACUUCCCCCAAUCCACAGUUGAGCAGCUGCGCGAGAAGUAUGGAGCAGCCGAGCUGAGAAAAUACACAGCUGUGAGACAUCUUGAGCCGGAUGGGAAUUCCGGCCUCACGGCAGAAGAGCUUAGCAAGAAGUACGCUGAUUUGGACAAGUACGGUCCGGUAAGAUGGAACGAGCCUGAUGGAAACCCUCUAUCAUCCGCGGACGAGCGAGUUGCAGAGGAGUUGACCAAGAACUACGACCCCGAAGAGGUGGCCAAGUACGAACCCGUGUACCAUAAUGAACCAGAUGGAAAACCCCUUCCAGACGCUGACGAACGAGUCGCCGAAGACCUCACAAAGAGGUAUAAUUCUGAAGAGCUUGCUCAGUAUACUCCGGUCUACUGGAACGAGCCUGACGGACAACCAGUUGCGGCCGCAGAUCCGCGGAUUGCGGAAGGUCUCACCAAAGAUUACGACCCUGCCGAGCUCUCAGAGUACAAACCAGUAUAUUGGAACGAGCCCGAUGGGCAGCCUCUACCUUCUACGGAUGAGCGGGUUGCUGAAGGACUUACCAAGAAAUACGAUUCGGCAGAGCUUGAAGACUACAAAGAACCUGUGGAAUGGAACGAGCCUGACGGGCAACCCACGCCACCUGCGGAUGGGCCGAGUAAGAAAUAUACUGAGUUGGAUGAAUACGGAACUAUCAAUUACCAAGAGCCAGAUGUCUAUCCAGCAGGACAGGCAGGUUCUGUUAUAGAAGGUCUGGAGGAAAUGGAUGCGCGGAGAGACUACGAAAGUGCCGAGCGCUUAGCCCCCAAAGAGCUGGACACGGCUGACGAGCCCAGCGCUGAGGUUCUGAGAAAGAUGGGAAAGGGCCACGAAUUCGAAGAGUCCAAAGAGUCCCAAGAGACCGAACGCCGCCAGAGGUUGGAAAUGCUGUUGAGACUAUAUCAGACAGCAUCGGAUGCAACUGAUAGAGAGGCAAGUCAGGCUGUCAAGUCUGCAAAAGCCAGAGCCGCGGAGGCCGAGCCUGAGCAGCAUGAAGCCUCAACGCCCUCAGAACGCCAAUUGACCGGCAACUAUGUCCGGGACUUCCCUGAGGAGUUCGAGAAGUCCUGGACGGAAACACUUUCCACCGCACCGUCCGAGACGGUUCAGCCGAAUGAUGUUUUUAUGUAUGAGAGCCAGAACAUGGACGGCGGACUCGAAGGAGCUUUUGGACGCCCUUCACCGGCUAAGAUCCAGCCUGCCCUCGACCGGCAUUUGGGUGAUGAGGCGCACAUGAAAACAUCAAACAAGGAGCUCAGGAAUGAAGAGAGCCACUCUGAGGCCGUUCAAGACCCAGAGUCAACACCACCGGCUUAUGUCAAGCAAUAUGAGGCCGCGCCCUCGUCUGCCGAGAGGGCGGCCGAGACUGCCGCCCUGGAUACCAUCAACCAUGAUUCUAUGGGUGAGCCCACUCUGUACAAGAUUCUGGCGUAUGAUCCGACCAUGCAGAAGAUUGAGGUUGCCGAGACUUCUUCAUUUGUUCCUGACACAGCGUCCGCCUUAACGCCUGCCGAUGCUCUUCUUCGUCUGUCACAUCCGACAAGAUUCUUUCCCCAUUUCGCGCCUCUAAAGGCGGAAGGCUACGAAAUCAUCUCUGGAACAGGUGAUGUGCUCGUGUUUCGCAAGGUCCGACCAGAGACCGUCAAGCCGACCGAGCUGGAUGCGGCACAUAAUGAGCCGGCUUUCGCAACAGCAGAACCCGGAAUGGCCGAGACUCGUAUAAAUCCUAUCGAUAUGACCGGAAAGCCGAGGUUUUCCCCUGCCAGUGCCAACUUUGCUUCACCGACAGGUUAUGUGAACUACGACAACAUUCCGGAGACGACAGCAAGCAAAUUGCCGCCCCCUCCUCCGAAAAUCAAGUAUAACAUCGACGUUCAUCGUGAGGAGCCCGUCUUCAGUGGGCCGAAGGCAAGGGGCUCUGACGGCCAAACAGGCAAGAAAAAGAGUCUAGGCAAGAGACUGGUGGUGGGUGGUGUUUGGGUUGCCGGCAUCAGUUAUGCGCUGGGCGUUAUUGCCGAGUUCUUCACCACAGGAGGUGUGGAUGGUAUGGGCGCACAGGGGCUCUAG